AUGAUGUCCUUCCGCACAUUCCUUCCACUGUCCCAACAGAGCUUUGUCGAAAUGCCACAGCUACUUGGUCUCAGAUCAAAACUACAGUCAAAACCGAUCAACAAGUGCUCUCUUGAUUUCAUCCUGUCGAACGACAAGGUUAUCACGAAACCAGCAUUGUUGCCUUCAUUUCCGUGGACAUCGCCACAGCGAGGUUCAUCGAACAAGACGUUUGCUCCAGUCCUAGCACCUCUCACUGGUCCGUGCAAAAUGGCAAAACGUCGGCGUCUUCAGAAUGUCAGCGUCUCGAACAACAGCACCAAAGUAUCUGGCAAGGCUGGCAUAGCGCUUGCAAAUGGUACAAUUGUCAAAAAAGGCAGCAAGUACUGCAUGGUUGAGGGCUGCACAAGUCGAGCGAAACAUGCACGUCGUUGCUGGCGCCACGGUGGUUCUGUCAAGUGCAAAGUUCCUGACUGCGCGAAUCGUGCCAAGACCAAAGGUGUCUGUUGGUCGCACGGUGGUGGUACACUUUGCUCUUCGCUUGGCUGUACAACGAUUUCGGUCUCAAACGGUGUAUGCUGGGCCCACGGCGGUGGCAAGCGCUGUGCCAUGGACGGCUGUGCACGUCCAGCUUAUGAGCGUACCGAUCAUCUCUGCACGCUACACUUUGAGGAGAAGCAACACAUUGCACAGAUGCAGCCCACCAUUACUCAGUGCCACCAGUACAAUUGCUAA